AUGAUGAUGAACUCCAUCCCGAUUGAUCUCUUACACGAGAUUUUCUCAAGAUUGCCUGCAAAGUCAACUGCAAAGUGUCUUCAGGUGUCGAAGCAAUGGGAGUCCAUACUUUGCCGUCCAGAUUUCACCGAGUUGUUUCUCACCAGGUCCUCGACUCGUCCGCGUCUCUUAUUCGCCAUCAGAGGACCUCAAAACGGUGAGUGGAGCUUCUUCUCGUCUCCUCAACCUCAGAAUCCAUAUGAGAAGUCGCAGUCGUCUCUUGCAGUAACCGCCGAUUCUCAUAUCAAGUUCCCUGCAAAGAUAUCACUACCGCUUGCUGGCUAUGCCUCUGGUUUGAUCUGCUUCGGUGGUGUACGGUUCUCAAAAGAUUCUAAAUAUAUUGGGAAUGUGAUAUGUAACCCUAGCACGGGACAUUAUGCCCUCUUACCUAAACUGAAUUCAAAAAGAAGUUAA